CUAAGGAUAUAAUUAGCUCAUUGGUCUUUCCUCAAACUACCCGAAACUCAACUGUUUCCAACCUGCCUUCCAAUUCACCAGGAGUUACGCCAUGGGAAAACGACUCUCUAGUGUUUUCAAUACUCGAAUUAUAAAGUUCGAGGUCGGCCCAAGCAGGAAGGAGUUUCUCCUCCACUCUGGAUUGUUUAGAGAUAAAGCAGGUUCUUGGGGCCUAGAGGAAUGUGGUGAUUCAACAUCUUCUGGCCAUGACAUGGUGAACAUAAGUGAACCUGUCGAGGAUAUCUUCAAAUUUGUCUGCGAAUAUUUAUAUACGGGCGACUAUCAAAUCUUUCAACCUCGUCACUUUGUCCAAAUUCCACGACGACGCAGCUCCCUGUUGGAGGGGCGCGGAAUAAGUCUGAAGGACAACUACUUUGAGAACAGUGCAUCCGUGGAACGAGCCUCGCAUUACUUUAUCAGAAGGCUAAGGUCCAAGCCGGACCAUCCGCUAAGUAUCAGCUGGGCAGAUUACAGCGAUGUCUUACUGCAGCAUGCGCGCCUCCAUCAUUUUGCUGGCCAACGCGGAUUGGAGGAGCUAAGUGAUAUAAGUCUCUACAGGCUAUUACACGUGCUUCACGAGUUUCCUCUUCACGAAAGGCGGGUCGGACAUGUCUUGCAGUUGUUACGUCUCGUAUUUCAGAAUACACCAGAGAUGUCCGAGGAUAUUGAGAAGUUGAUGGUGGAUUUCACUACCGCACACAUAAAAGGCCUCGUCGAGGUGGAAGAAUUCCAACUGCUUUUGGAUGAACUACCUUCAUUGAGUCGCCGUAUUCUGUUUAACCUGGCCACAUUAUCUGCACUAGAAGUCGAUAGCAGGCGUGGGGAUUGAGGGUUUGCAUAAUGUGGGAUAUAUUUGGGCGAUGUUCGCA